UCUGUCUGUCUGUGUGUGUGUCUCUCUGUCUGUCUGUGUGUGUCUGUAUCUCUGUCUGUCUGUGUGUGUGUGUCUCUCUGUCUGUGUGUCUGUCUGUGUGUGUGUGUAUGUGUCUCUCUGUCUGUCUGUGUGUGUGUCUCUCUGUCUGUGUGUCUGUCUGUCUGUGUCUGUGUGUGUGUCUCUCUGUCUGUCUGUGUGUGUGUCUCUCUGUCUGUCUGUGUGUGUCUCUCUGUCUGUCUGUGUGUGUGUGUCUUUCUGUCUGUCUGUCUGUGUGUCUCUGUCUGUGUGUGUGUGUGUCUUUCUGUCUCUGUCUGUGUGUGUGUCUCUGUCUGUCUGUGUGUGUGUGUCUUUCUGUCUGUGUGUGUGUGUGUCUCUCUGUCUGUCUGUGUGUGUGUGUCUCUCUGUCUGUCUGUGUGUGUGUCUCUCUCUGUCUGUCUGUCUGUGUGUCUCUGUCUGUGUGUGUGUGUGUCUUUCUGUCUGUGUGUGGUGUGUGUCUCUCUGUCUGUCUGUGUGUGUGUGUCUCUCUGUCUGUCUGUGUGUGUGUGUGUGUCUCUCUGUCUGUCUGUGUGUGUGUGUGUCUCUCUGUCUGUCUGUGUGUGUGUCUCUGUCUGUCUGUCUCUUGUAGUUAUAUUGUGUUUUCUCCUGGUUAUAUUGUGUUUUCUCCUGGUAUAUUGUGUUUUCUCCUGGUUAUAUUGUGUUUUCUCGUGGUUAUAUUGUGUUUUCUCCUGGUUAUAGUGUGUUUUCUCGUAGUUAUAUUAUUGAAGUUAUUGUAGUUUUGUAAUAAACUCCCUGAAACUCUUCUGUCAGAAGGUUUGUCUGCUUAUCUUCAGAUACAGCGCGGCGCCUUCCCCUUUCUCCGCUCCCGUGCGCCACCUGGUGGCCGCUGCCGGUAUUUCACCUGACGUCACAGCCUGUGCUUGGCAGUGAUGUCAUCUCAAAGUCACCCUCAAAAACAAUGUUUGAAUGACAGCGCUGACCGGAAACAAAGCGCCGUGUAACUAAACAAUGUAACUCGAGCUGAAAUCAUUCUGAAGGCAGAAAAAAAAAAAAAAAAAAAACGAGAUGCCAGUCCUGUCCAAAACGCAGUCUCGUCUGCAUAUCUAUAAUUAUACAAGUUCCGUCUGAACCACUAGAGGGAGAAGUCCUGCGUGGAACAGGAAAGAAUUCAGGAAUGCAGAUGAAAUAAAUACAUGAAAUCCACCCUGAAGAUGAGAUCGGCUGAUUUCUGCCAGGCGUGUCUGAAGAAUACUUUCAAUGUAACAAACCCAGCUUUGGAUGCGAACAAAAGGGUUAUUUAAUAAAAUCAGCGUAGGGCAAUAAAUACUACACCUCUUUCAAAGAGAGAGAGAGAGAGAGGGGGAGAGAGAGGGGGAGAGAGAGAGGAGAGAGGAGAGAGUUUUAAAUAAUUUAAACCACUUUCUAAUAGAGAGAGAUGAUCCAGAGAGAGUUUGAGGUAGGUAGAUGGAUGGAUGGAUAGAUAUUUAGAUAGAUAUAGAAGAUGUUGGUGUGUUUUAUUCAAUUCUAGCGCUCGCUGUGGCUGUGCUCGCGUUGUUUUUUUGUGAAGAGCCCUCUGGAUCUGCGACGUGAGGUUCCUGCGCGCCGCCGCUAGGGGGCAGCACUGCCGUGUAGAAUCGCAGGGAGCGCAGCUAUUCCAGCGUGAACGGCUCCUUCCUGUUGCUCUGGAGAGACGCUGGUUCGAGAGCCGAGCGCAGGCAGGGUCCACACAGGCUGCUCCGCCAAUGCAUUUCUACAGAGGGGCCAGGAGCCGGGGGGACAGCGCCUUCUACCACAACACAUAGAUUUCUAUUCAUUUAUUAAUAUUGCUGUUUCAUGCUGUUCCCCAGCAGCGCCUCCUAAAAUCACUCCCUGAAUUUAUUUUUGCUUCACUCAUGGCGGAAACUAAAAUAAUCUAUCAUAUCGAAGAGGAGGAGACGCCUUAUCUAGUGAAGCUGCCCGUUGCUCCCGAAAAAGUGACUCUGGCGGAUUUUAAAAAUGUGCUCAGCAACCGGCCCGUCAGCGUCUACAAAUUCUUCUUCAAGUCUAUGGACCAGGAUUUCGGGGUGGUGAAGGAGGAGGUCUCUGAUGACAAUGCCACGCUGCCCUGCUUCAACGGGAGAGUCGUGGCCUGGCUGGUCCUGGCUGAGGGCUCUCACUCUGACGGGGGGUCUCAGUGCACAGAGAGUCAGCCGGAGCUGCCCCCCCCCCUCGAGAGGACUGGUGGCAUCGGGGACUCCAGACCCCCCUCCUUCCAUGCGAACGCGCCGGGCAGUCGGGCCGGGCUGGACACGGAGACGGGAACAGAGUCCAUCCUGAGCCACCGGAGAGAGAGAGAGAGGGAGCGAGCGAGGAGGAGAGCAAGGGAGGCAGAGUUCCCCCGGUUGGACGGGCUCUCGAAGCCCCCCCUCUCGCUGUCCCGGGACCCUGCGAUGGUGGUGGACGACGCCUCCCUGCUGAGCAGCGAGAUCGACUCCAGCUCCUUCAUCGACUCGCAGGAGGAAGAGGAGGAAGAGGCCAGCAGGCUCAGCAGCUCCACAGGGCACAGCUCUUCGUCCCGGUUGAUGCGGAGACACAAGCGCCGGCGCCGGAGACCCAAGGAACCAAAGAUUGAGCGGUCCUCUUCGUUCAGCAGCAUCACCGACUCGACCAUGUCUGUGAACAUCAUCCCCGUCACCCUGAACAUGGAGAAGUAUCAUUUCCUGGGGAUCAGCAUCGUGGGGCAGAGCAAUGAUCGGGGGGACGGUGGAAUCUACAUCGGCUCUAUCAUGAAGGGGGGGGCCGUGGCAGCCGACGGGAGGAUCGAACCCGGGGACAUGCUGCUGCAGGUGAACGAUGUGAACUUUGAGAACAUGAGCAACGACGAUGGGGUGAGGAUCCUGAGAGAGAUCGUCUGCCAGCCCGGGCCGAUCAGUCUGACUGUGGCCAAAUGUUGGGACCCGUCCCCUCGGAGCUACUUUACCGUCCCCCGCGCGGAACCGGUUCGGCCCAUUGACCCAGCUGACUGGAUCUCCCACACCACGGCUCUGACUGGACCCUUCCCUCACUACGAGUUCGAUGACCUGCCCCUCAGCGUCCACAAGAGCGACAUGGCAACCAUCGUCAAGGUGAUGCAGCUCACAGACUCGGCUGAGAUACGAGACAGGAUGUGGCUGAAAAUCACCAUCGGAAACGCUGUGAUCGGUGCUGACGUGGUGGACUGGCUCUUCUCGCGAGUGGACGGGUUUAAGGACCGACGGGACGCGCGGAAGUACGCGAGCAGCCUGCUGAAACACGGCUACCUGAGACACACUGUCAACAAGAUCACCUUCUCAGAGCAGUGCUACUACGUGUUCGGAGACAUCUGCACCAACAUGGCCUCUCUCAAUCUGAACGAGGGCUCCAGUGGGGGGGCCUCUGAGCAGGACACGCUGCCCCCCCUGCCCCCCCCUCCUGCCUCCUCCAACCCCUGGCCUCUGGGGGGGCAGCCCUACCCCUACCCCGGCUUCCCCCCUGGCUACUCGGACCCCUGCCACAGCUUCCACAGCGGCAGCACGGGCAGCCAGCACAGCGGAGGCAGUAGAAGCAGUGGCUCCAAUCAGAGCGGAGGGAAAGGGAGGCGGAGCAAAGAGACAGAGCGCAAGCUGACAGGCAGCGGUGGCAGUGAAUCAGAGCCGGGGUCUCGCAGCGGGAGGCGGAGCCAGCACAGCCACCGGAGCCACACCCCUUCCCAGCACAGUGCAGGGAGCCACGCCCCUUCCCAGCACAGCCACGCCUCCUACACACUCAGCAGCCAUAGGACAUACUCCCACCACAGCCACGCCCCCUCCCACCACAGUGAGCGCAGCCACGCCUCCUCCCACGGUCCCCCAGGCCUGCCCCCCCCCUACAGCCUGGCCAAGCUCUCACCCAAGCUUGUGCUGAGCAGCGGGCCCCCGGGGGCCCCCCCCGUGCGAGAGCUGGGCUCCGUCCCCCCCGAGCUCACCUCCAGUCGUCAGUCCUUCCAGAGAGCCAUGGGAAACCCCUGUGAGUUCUUCGUGGACAUCAUGUGAGACCACGGGCCUGAGAGAGAAGCAGAGCAGACAGGAUGAGAGCAGAACAGAACGUCCCGGGAGCUGUGUGGAUCUCUCCCAGGACAAUGAGACCUUUCACAAAGCAGACAGGAUGAGAGCAGAACAGAACGUCCCGGGAGCUGUGUGCAUCUCUCCCAGGACAAUGAGACCUUUCACAAAGCAGACAGGAUGAGAGCAGAACAGAACGUCCCGGGAGCUGUGUGGAUCUCUCCCAGGACAAUGAGACCUUUCACAAAGCAGACAGGAUGAGAGCAGAACAGAACGUCCCGGGAGCUGUGUGCAUCUCUCCCAGGACAAUGAGACCUUUCACAAAGCAGACAGGAUGAGAGCAGAACAGAACGUCCCGGGAGCUGUGUGCAUCUCUCCCAGGACAAUGAGACCUUUCACAAAGCAGACAGGAUGAGAGCAGAACAGAACGUCCCGGGAGCUGUGUGGAUCUCUCCCAGGACAAUGAGACCUUUCACAAAGCAGACAGGAUGAGAGCAGAACAGAACGUCCCGGGAGCUGUGUGCAUCUCUCCCAGGACAAUGAGACCUUUCACAAAGCAGACAGGAUGAGAGCAGAACAGAACGUCCCGGGAGCUGUGUGGAUCUCUCCCAGGACAAUGAGACCUUUCACAAAGCAGACAGGAUGAGAGCAGAACAGAACGUCCCAGGAGCUGUGUGGAUCUCUCCCAGGACAAUGAGACCUUUCACAAAGCAGACAGGAUGAGAGCAGAACAGAACGUCCCGGGAGCUGUGUGCAUCUCUCCCAGGACAAUGAGACCUUUCACAAAGCAGACAGGAUGAGAGCAGAACAGAACGUCCCGGGAGCUGUGUGGAUCUCUCCCAGGACAAUGAGACCUUUCACAAAGCAGACAGGAUGAGAGCAGAACAGAACGUCCCGGGAGCUGUGUGCAUCUCUCCCAGGACAAUGAGACCUUUCACAAAGCAGACAGGAUGAGAGCAGAACAGAACGUCCCGGGAGCUGUGUGGAUCUCUCCCAGGACAAUGAGACCUUUCACAAAGCAGACAGGAUGAGAGCAGAACAGAACGUCCCAGGAGCUGUGUGGAUCUCUCCCAGGACAAUGAGACCUUUCACAAAGCAGACAGGAUGAGAGCAGAACAGAACGUCCCGGGAGCUGUGUGGAUCUCUCCCAGGACAAUGAGACCUUUCACAAAGCAGACAGGAUGAGAGCAGAACAGAACGUCCCGGGAGCUGUGUGCAUCUCUCCCAGGACAAUGAGACCUUUCCCAAAGCAGACUGCCUCAGUAUUCAUCUGUGGCUCUCACAAUGGAGGGACUUCCCAAUCUAGGAGAAGGGUUUUUAUUUAUUUAUUUAUUAAUGUAUUUAUUUUAAGCUUAUAAACGUGUAACCUGCUCAACUACUGAACCCUCGACUGGCAGGACGGCUGGACAGGAGGGUCAGCGGCACACACACACUGACUGGACAGGAGGGUCAGCGCACACACACACUGGCUGGACAGGAGGGUCAGCGCACACACAGACUGGCUGGACAGGAGGGUCAGCGCACACACACACUGGUUCUGUACAGGAGGGUCAGCGCACACACACACUGACUGGACAGGAGGGUCAGUGCACACACACACUGGUUCUGUACAGGAGGGUCAGCGCACACACACACUGGUUCUGUACAGGAGGGUCAGUGCACACACACACUGGUUCUGUACAGGAGGGUCAGCGCACACACACACUGGUUCUGUACAGGAGGGUCAGCGCACACACACACUGGUUCUGUACAGGAGGGUCAGCGCACACACACACUGGGAGUCAUGGCAAGGGCCUGUGAAGUGGCAUGAAGUUCCUGUCUUGAAGUGUGUGUGAUAAAGUAAAGGAUAGUGACACUGUGAGGCACCACACUGACCCACCAGCAAACUGCAUUAUCAACACCGGACACAUGCAGAGAAGUCAGUCAUAGAAGUGUGUGCGCGUGCGUGCGUGCGUGCGUCUGUGCGUGCGUGUCUGUGUGUGUGCGUGCGUGUCUGUGUGUGUGUGCGUCUGUGCGUGCGUGUCUGUGUGUGCGUGCGUGUCUGUGUGUGUGUGCGUCUGUGCGUGCGUGCGUCUGUGCGUGCGUGUGUGUGUGUGUGCGUGUCUGUGUGUGUGUGCGUCUGUGCGUGCGUGUCUGUGUGCGUGCGUGUCUGUGUGUGUGUGCGUCUGUGCGUGCGUGUCUGUGUGUGCGUGCGUGUCUGUGUGUGUGUGCGUCUGUGCGUGCGUGCGUCUGUGCGUGCGUGUGUGUGUGUGUGCGUGCGUGCGAUACCUACUGUAACAAUUCAUUGCAUUGUGACAAUCACUGGUUUCAGCUCGUUAGCCGUCCCCAGUCCCACUCUCUUUCUGGAGCUGGCUCGGCUGCGCGGGUCGUGUUUCUGGAGCUGGCUCGGCUGCGCGGGUCGUGUUUCUGGAGCUGGCUCGGCUGCGCGGGUCGUGUUUCUGGAGCUGGCUCGGCUGCGCGGGUCGUGUUUCUGGAGCUGGCUCGGCUGCGCGGGUCGUGUUUCUGGAGCUGGCUCGGCUGCGCGGGUCGUGUUUCUGGAGCUGGCUCGGCUGCGCGGGUUGUGUUUCUGGAGCUGGCUCGGCUGCGCGGGUCGUGUUUCUGGAGCUGGCUCGGCUGCGCGGGUCGUGUUUCUGGAGCUGGCUCGGCUGCGCGGGUCGUGUUUCUGGAGCUGGCUCGGCUGCGCGGGUCGUGUUUCUGGAGCUGGCUCGGCUGCGCGGGUCGUGUUUCUGGAGCUGGCUCGGCUGCGCGGGUCGUGUUUCCGGAGCUGGCUCGGCUGCGCGUGUUUUCUGUUUUCUUGUAAUGUAAGAGAAAUAAGAAAUUGUAUUUAUGUAUAUAUAAAUAUAAAUAUAUAUAUAUAUUAUAUAUGGGGGGGUAAUAAAUGUAUGUGUAUGAAAA